AUGGGCUUCAAUGAGAUAAUGCCACGGCUACCGAGCCCCUCCAGCCGCCUUUUCGCUAACGGGUUUUUCUCCAUCGACAAGGCUCUCGUCUGGGUGCUGUGGGCGGCCGCGCUGGGGAUGACCGUCUUCCGGGGCAGUUUCCAAUGGAUCCUCCAGCGGCGGCUGUACGCGGACGACUACCUCAUCAUUGCGGGCCUCGCCACGCUGACGGCGUUAUCCGUCGUCAUCACGGCCAUGCUGCCGCAAUUCUACCUCGCCGGCGAGUACACCAAGGUCGCUGCCAAGGACCCCUUGGCGCCGCUGCCGCUGCCGCCCGACGAGUUCGUCGCGAGGACGAUUGCAGCCCUCAAGUUGAUGUUUUCGCAGAUGCUGCUGUUCUGGACCACUCUUUGGGCGGCAAAGUUCUCCAUCCUCUUCUUCGUUAGGCGGCUCAUCACCGGACUACCGAGAUACAUCCGCGCUUGGUGGGCGUGCUUCGUCGCCGUCCUGCUGCUGUACUUGGCCUGCAUUUUGUCCAACUUCUUGACGUGCGCGCCGUUGACCAAAUACUGGAGUGCAACCGGGUGUAGCGCGCCGGAGGAUCUUGUGCGCGCCGAUGCGUCCAUCAGGUUCGCGACUGGCGCCGAUAUUGCCGCGGAUUUAUUGAUCAUGGUCCUGCCCCUCAACCUGCUGCGCAAGCUCACCAUCUCGCGGUCCCACAAGCUCGGCCUCACCGUCCUCUUCUCCCUCGGCGGCGUCAUCGUCGCCUUCGCCAUCGCGCGCCUCGUACAGGUCACCAAGGCCACGGGCGACGCGGCCAAGGACCCCACGACCGUGGCCAACGGGCCGGUGCUUCUCAGCAUGUGGAGCCACAUCGAGUCCUCCGUCAGUGUCAUCGUCGCGACGCUGCCGGCCUUCCGCUUUCUCUUCAGCAAGAACAGAGAUAUGGCGAGGAAGACAACGAACAAAUACGCCAGCCCGAUGAUCGGCGGCCCCGGCGGCGUGUCCCUGCGGUCGAUGAGGCGGCAGAAGGGCGCGGUCCGGUUGGACGGCAGGGACAGCGAUAUGACCAUCUCGGCGCAGGGCAGUGAGACGGAACUGCGGCCGUUCAGAGGUAUCGAAAAGAAAGUUGUGUUCGAGGUUGAGCACUUGCCACAAGAGUCGAGUUUGGGGGAAACGAAGCGCAGGACACAGGAGCCGUUUGCCUGA